CAAGAUGGGGGCCAUGGCUGUCCUGAUGCUACCCCUGCUGCUCCUGGGAAUCAGCGGCGUCCUCUUCAUCUAUCAGGAGGUGUCCAAACUCUGGUCCAAGUCCGCCGUGCAGAACAAAGUGGUAGUGAUCUCCGAUGCCAUCUCAGAACUGGGCAAGGAAUGUGCUCGAAUGUUCCACAUGGGUGGGGCCAGACUGGUGCUGUGCGGGAAGAACUGGGAGAGGCUGGAGAAUCUGUAUGAUGCCUUGGUCAGUGUGGCCGACCCCAGCAAGACAUUCACCCCAAAGCUGGUCCUUUUGGAUUUCUCAGACAUCAGCUGUGUCCAGGAUGUGGCCAAAGAAGUCUUGGAUUGCUAUGGCUGCGUGGACAUCCUCAUCAACAAUGCCAGUGUGAAGGUCAAGGGGCCUGCUUAUAAGAUUUCUUUGGAGCUCGACAAAAAGAUCAUGGAUGCCAAUUAUUUCGGUCCCAUCACCUUGACCAAAGUUCUGCUUCCCAACAUGAUCUCCCGCAGAACAGGCCAGAUUGUGUUAGUGAACAACAUCCAGGGGAAAUUCGGAAUUCCGUUCCGCACAGCCUAUGCUGCCUCCAAGCACGCCGCCCUGGGAUUCUUCGAUUGCCUUCGUGCCGAGGUUGAGGAAUACGACGUCGUGGUCAGCACCGUGAGCCCCACUUACAUCCGCUCCUAUCGCCUCCAUCCCAAGCCUGGGAACUGGGAGGCCUCCCUUUGGAAAUUCUUUUCCAGGAAGCUAACCUACGGUGUGCACCCGGAGGACGUGGCGGAGGAGGUGAUGCGCACGGUGCGGCGGAAGAAGCAGGAGGUGCUGCUGGCCAACCCCAUCCCCAAGGUGGCCGUGUACAUCCGCACCUUCUUCCCCGAGUUCUUCUUCGCUGUGGUGGCCUGUGGGGUCAAGGAGAAGCUCACUGUCCCCGAGGAGGGCUGACUGCGGCGGC